GUGGGUGGAGACUUCCCAAUGGCUGGUGCCCCUGUCCCCAGCCCAGGCAGGUAUAAGGCCACCUUACCAGACCAAGGGAACCUGGAUGGAAAAGAGAGAGGCCGCCAUGUCCUCUUGGAGCCUAGAGCGAAAACAGAGCCCAAUAGGCUGGGACUCCCAUCUUUCUAGAAUCCUCUUCCUGCUGCUGUUAUCUGUGGUCUCAGCCCAGGGGGUCACCCCAAAUCCAGACGCCUGCCUGGUGUCCCACUCGGGUAACGGCAGCUCCAUCUCCUGCCAACCACCUGCCAGACUCCCCCACUACUUCCCAGCUGACACCGUCUACCUGGCCGUGGAGUUCUUCAACCUGACUCAGCUGCCUGCCAACACCCUCCAGGGCAUCCCUAACCUCCAGGAACUGCACCUUUCCAGCAACCAGCUGGAGGACCUCUCCGCCAAGUUCCUGCUGCCUGUGCCUCAGCUAAAGGUGCUUGAUCUGACCCGCAACGCCCUGACCCGGCUGCCUCCUGGCCUCUUCCAGGUCUCAGCUGCCCUCCACACCCUGGUGCUGAAGGAAAACCAGCUGAAAGUUCUGGAGGCCUCGUGGCUGCACAGCCUGAAAGCCCUGCGGCAUCUGGACCUAUCCGGGAACCAGCUCCAGACGCUGCCCCCUGGGCUGCUGGCCAAUUUCACCGACCUGCUCAUCCUUGAUCUUGGCAAUAACCAGCUGCAGACUUUGCCCCCUGACCUUCUGAGCGGCCCCUUGAGGUUGGAACGGCUGCACCUCGAGGGCAAUAGGUUGCAGGAGCUCGGAAAGGGCCUUCUGGUGCACCAGCCAAAACUGCGCUACCUCUUCCUGAACAACAACAGGCUGGCCACGGUGGCAGCCGGCGCCUUCCGAGGUCUGCAGAAGCUGGACAUGCUGGACCUCUCCAACAACUUGCUGACCACCGUGCCCAAGGGGCUCUGGAUGUCCUUGGGGAAGGCUGCCGGAAACAUGAAGGAUGGCUUUGACCUCUCAGGUAAUCCCUGGAUCUGCGACCGGAAACUGGAUGACCUCUUUGAGUGGCUGGUGGCCAACGAAGGCAAGAUGUUCUUCCGCAAUGACACACGCUGUGCUGGCCCUAAAGCCUUGAAGGGCCAAAUGCUCCUAGUGGUGGCCAGGUCCCCUUGAAGCCUGGGGCUGGGGGCGGGGUGGGGAGGCAAGGCUUGGCAGGACGCCGCACCCCACUUAGCAAAUAAUCCCACCUUCUAAGGGUGAGGCUGGGCUUCCCAUAGUUGCCGGGACCUGUUUCGCCCAUGUUGCCACAAACACACCUCGGGCUCUUCCUGCUUUCUUGCCUCUGCUCAAGCUGUAUCCUCUUCCAGAAAUCUCUUUCCCCUAUUUCCCAGGUCUCUUGGUCUCUGGCUCCUCCAACCUGUCCUGGCCACACUGAGGUUGGCUCAUUCUGGCUCUGUCUCCCCCAGUUUCAGGGGUUCUCUGAGUGCAGGGCCUGGGGCUGGGUUCCCUCUUACUCGGCAUCACUCGGUUUGAGGUCAGACUGGAAGGGGUUAAUAAAUAACUGUUGAACAGAA